UAGCAAAAUAUAGGAUGACUUCCGAACGGCUCAUAUUGCAGCUCGAUUUUUGUUCUUUUAUUUUCGGUGUUCUACUUUCGGUCAACUCUGCCAAGGAAUAACGCACAGCACCAAAGUCAGUGAUUUCCCCCCGUCGUAACCGUCACGACAUUUUAGUCCCGAUAGACCGUGAUGAAUCGAACCAGUCCUUUGUGAGCCUCAAAAAUGGCUAUUCAAUUAACAAACGUUUCAAGUUACAGACCAGACGAGACUUUGUGUCACGAGUCUUAAUGUUCUCGGUUGCGUCAUCCCGCCCUCUCAUUAUAGAACUUUGUCUCCCUGGACAGCAGCAGCAGACGGAAUACAAGUGUUGGGCUACACUCUUGGUGCAGCAACAUGGAAAUCGAUUGCGGGAAUAAAGUGCUGGGAAAGGGAGGCUACGCGACCGUCUUUGAAGGAGUUUGGGGUGUCAAUCGUCGACCGGUGGCCGUCAAAAGAGUUUUCCUACACGCAGAAGGUACCAGACAAGAAGAAGAAGCUUUAAGGAAACUUGACCACCCCAAUGUAGUCAAACUGUUUCACGCAGAGAGCGGCAUAGUAUUGAGAUUGUUCGCUCUGGAGUUGUGCCAAGCCUCGCUGGAAAGACUAUUUUUGAAAGAAGGAGAUCCCAGGAAAUACUGCGGCCCAAUGCCUCCCCCUGCCCAAGUUCUCUACCAGUUGGCCACUGGACUCGACUACAUUCACAAAAUGAAACUGGUCCAUCGCGAUCUCAAGCCGGAAAAUGUUCUCAUCUGGGUGGGUUCGAAAGCCGAUAAUAAAAUUUUGAUGAAAUGGUCGGGAUUUGGCCUAUGCGAACCGGUGGACGAGUCGGGAAGUUACGACGUGACCGAAAUCAAGGGGACCUUGAACUACUUGGCACCGGAAAUAUUAAAAUUGAAAAUUCUCAAGGACAACGGCCAAAGAAAUGUCCCAGAGCUGCAAAAGGCAACCCUGAAGAGCGACGUCUUUGGGGAAGGUCUCGUCUUUGGAUAUUUCCUAUCGCAUGGCAAACAUCCAUUUGGAUCUGAACAUUCAGAAAUUCAAUCAAACAUUAUGAAUCAAAAUCCUGUCAAUGUCGAAAAAAUUGAACCGCAGUACAGUCAAGAACUGAUCCUGAAAAUGCUGGCGGAUGAACCCGAAAACAGAAAAUCAUCGUCGGAUGUCGUCGACUACCUCGAAAAAUUACGAAAUCAAACAGAAAAUGUUUGAUGAGAUGGAAAGAUUUGAUGUGAAUAAUAAUAAAUGUGCAGUUUGAACUGAA